AUGUUUGGGUUGUGGCAGUCGGAGACGCCGGAGCAGACGAAGGCGAGGGAGACGAAGGAGAAGGCGGAAGCGAAGGCGAGGGAGACGAAGGCGAAGGAGGAAGCGCUUCUCCGAGCUGCAGGAGGUGGCAACUUGGCUGCCGUCAUCUCCUCUCUCAACGACCGCGUCAACAUCGAGUGCUACGACAGCGAUGGUCGAACGCCACUGCACAAAGCUGCUAUGUGUGGUCGUUUGGAGAUUGUCCGCUUUUUGCUUGAAAAAGGCGCCAAGAUCGAAGCCAAAUCCACCUACCUCUCCACGCCACUGCACUAUGCCUCGAGAAACAAUAAAGUGGAGAUCGUUCGUCUUCUCUUGGCUUACGGCGCCAACGUCGAUGCGACAAGCAAGUUCAACAAAACGCCCCUCAUAUACGCUCAACAAUACGGUCACGUCCAAGUCCAAGAGCCUUUGCAAACCGCCAUGCUUGCCAAGGCUCUGCGCUACAAGCGCAUUCUGGACGCCAACAGUCUCCUCCAGCAAGAGACGAUCAACGUCAACCAUCAGGAGCCAGACGGAACGACGUUGCUGCAUCUCGUACUAGCGACGCAAGAUCUCAAACUGCUUGCAACCAUGCUUGAAAACCCCAACCUCGAGAUCGACGCCACCGACUCGAGUGGGAGGACAGCACUUGCCAUCGCACUUGCAACAGGCAGCAUCGAGGCAACGUACGCGCUCCUCCAAUCCAACGCGCAGCUUGACGCUGUGGACAAGAGCAUCGUGGCAGGAGUCUUGCGCCACGCAGCGUCGACCAACGACAAAGAGAUGGUGGCAGAGCUACUAAAGCACGGCGUGCACCCUGCGACAACCAACGAGAAUGGCGACACGGCGCUUCACUUUGCGGCUGCGAACGGCCACAUUGCGAUCGUUCAAACGCUGCUCGAGAACGACAAGUCUCUGCUUGGUCGUUGCGACCAGGUACGCUGCAUUGCGCAGCAAUAUAUUUCAUGCGAUACAGAACGACGUCGCAAUGAAG